AUGCCGCGUCGCAGUCUCGCUGAUGACUCGCCCUUUUUACCAGAUAAACCCCGCCUGCACACUCAGAUGCCACAGUCGCCAAGCUCGCUUGGUCCCAACCGAGUGCCAGCAUCGCCUCAACCUGUGACACAGAUCCCAUCUUCCGCUGCUCCACCUCGUCCUGCUUCGGGCUCCGCGGUCCAGAUGAAUGCUGUUGCUGCUGCUGGAACGGCAGGUUUUUCUGCACCUUUCACUAUGAAUGCGCCAAACCCCCACUCCAAUACGGAGAUGAUGCUGAAACCAACUCCAGCCAGUCGAGUUCCAGCGGCCACGAUUGAGCGACGGGAGAAGGCGUGGGAUUUCACGUCAAUUGAUGCUGAGGAUGCUGACAUCUGCCUCACACCUAUGGUGCCUGAUGUGGCCUUGGAGAGCCACAGGGGAGUGUCUGGGAGUCAUGUCUCUGCCAUACGGGGAGAAGGUGAGGAGGGGCUUCAGCCACGUGAAGCAAGAUCUCGUGAAGCUCCAACCACAGAGAGCCAGCAAGGCCUCUCGGCUGGCAUGAAUGAUGGCAUCCAUAAGCAUUGUGGGUCUGAUGCACAAGGCCAAGCCGCAACAGAGGUGGAAGCGCAAGGUAUGGAAGGGAUUGGUAUUGGUGAGGAUGGUUCGAAAAGAAAUGCUCACAAAAAAAGGGCUUCUGAAGAGGCGGUAGAUGUUAUGAAGAAACUUGGGUGGGAUGCUGAUGCUUUUGGAGCCUUUUUCGACGAUGAUGUGGACGGUUUGUUUGCACCUUUGAAUGGAAACUGA